ACAAAACUACCCAACAACAUCCAUCCCUAUAUAAUAUGUCUCAAAACAUCUUUCCAUUUCAUCCACAAACAAUAAUCAAAACAUGGCUCUCACAAAAAUAUCUUUAGUCCUUCUCAUCUGCCUCUUAGGUUUCUAUUCAGAAAUGGUCAAGUCACAGAACUGCGGUUGUUCCCCGGGCCUAUGUUGUAGCCAAUACGGUUAUUGCGGUACCGGCAACGAAUACUGUGGUCCUGGUUGCCGAUCAGGUCCUUGCAGUGCAAGCCAAGGCGAUAGUCUCGGUUCCAUUGUGUCACAAGCUUUCUUUGACAGUAUUAUCAACCGAGCCGGUAAUGAUUGCGCCGGAAAAAGAUUCUACACACGUGAAUCAUUCAUUAACGCCGCUAAUACUUUCCCGGGCUUUGCUACUUCCGUUACUAAGCUUGAAAUUGCCACUAUGUUUGCUCAUUUCACUCAGGAGGUCGGAUAUUUCUGCUACGUAGAAGAGAUAAACGGAGCGUCAGAAAACUACUGCGACGACAAGAAGUACCCACAAUACCCAUGUGCACCGGGCAAAACCUACUUCGGUCGAGGUCCGAUUCAACUAUCAUGGAACUACAACUACGCACGAUGUGGUGAGAGUCUAGGUCUCGACCUUCUACGCCAGCCCGAGCUUGUUGGUAGCAAUCCAACUGUAGCAUUCAGGACGGCUUUGUGGUUUUGGAUAAAUAACGUUAGGCCGGUACUGAACCAAGGAUUUGGAGCUACUAUUAGAGCCAUCAAUGGAAGAUUAGAGUGUAACGGUGCGAAUCCAGAAAAGGUUAAUGCAAGGAUUAGGUAUUAUAGAGACUAUUGUGGCCAGCUUGGUGUGGACCCUGGUCCUAACCUUAGCUGCUAAAAAGCUCUUUAAAAGACUAGUUGGGUGAUUUGGUUUCAGGUGAAAUAAUAUAAGUGAGACAAUAAAACUUAAUCUCAUGCAUGUACUUUCUGUUGGGUUCUAAUGUUUCCUGCUUCACAAGCAAAAAAAAAAAAGUUGUUGUAAUAAUCUCAUGAAAAUGAAAGUGAAUUUCACAUUAAUAAAUCUUUGAGUUUGAUAAUUACGGUAUCUGCUUUUGAAUUAUU